AAAAAUAUGUAACUGACGAAAAAAAUAAACCGAACAAAAUGUAGGUAAAUGUGUAUUUAACGCAAACUACAAUUUUAAAUGUAAAACCAUAAUUCCCAAAUGAAUUGUUUAUCCAAUAAUGAAUUGUGUUAAAGUAUGUCCCAAGCCAAUGUCUAUGCAAUACCUCGUACCCCGCUAAUUGUUCCUUUAAUUAAAUUGAAAUGUUUAAAUCUGUUUGAAUGAUUGAAAAAACACCACACUACCAACCAACGAACACCUAAAAAUUAACCACGAAAAGGUCCUGGGCCACCUGAUGAUGAUUGCACAACCGCAGUUACAACCAUGACUACGCAUGCUAAUGCCAAUAGCUCUACCACCCAUUCGGAUCUAACGGGUAAAUCAUCUAACCUAUCGAACAGUCAUGAGACUGCCACAACCAUCACAACUUCAUGCUCUGUCUGUCCCUCCGGAAGUUGUCUAAAUUUCUCCUCAACCGAAGAAAGUGAUAGAGACUUUGAUACCGCUUCGGUGUCUCCCAUGUGUCAUUGUGAUUUUGAUUGUGGUGAUAAUUUGGCCACCGCCAGUUUGACUGCAACCAGCCCCACUACGGUGGCCAACGAUAAUUGUACUUUAUCCUCCUCCAAUUCGGUUAUGAAUCUGAGGACGAUAUCUCCGUUUCCGCAUGCCAACACAACCAACAGCCGUCAUCAGCGUCACCACCAUAUGUUGCCCUCUCCAUUUAUGAGGGGUGCUACAACAUCGGCAUCGAGCUGUAACAUAGCCUCAGCCAUCACAUCGGCCAAUACCUGCGCAACAGGCCCGGCUACGGCGAAUAGCACUUAUUUAUGUUCGACUUCGGCUCCAACGGGGGCGAGUUUGACUACACGUUCUCUUCUGCAUAGGAUAACCUCUAGUCACAAUAACAAUACCUGUAGCAUCAACAAUAAUUCCACCUCCACAACAACCACAACGCUUUGCAGUUUGGCAAAUAAAACUCCACCAGCAUCGGCGUCGGCCCAUAAUAAUUCCAUAACAUCUCGCGGAGGCUUUGCGGGAUUCUUCUCUAGCAACCACAGUCGUUGUACUUCAAAAACGGAUGUCAAUGAAUGCCAUCAACAGCAACAACAGACAAGACAGAAACCUCAGCAACUACAAUUGCAACAACAGCACAACCAUUUAUCACAGCAACACCAUCAUCAUCAACACAAUCAAAACCAGCGCCAUCAUCACCACCACAACCACCACCAACAACAUCACCACAACCACCCCAACGAUCACAAUCAUCAGCCAGAACAUUUCGAUAAUAAUGAGUGUAAACAAUUGAAGAGUAGUGAUAGUUUAUCAGAUGUUAGUGAUACAUUUGAAUGGUGGUUUCAAAGACACAAAAGAAAUUCUACUAAGAAGAGCAGCAGUCACUCAUCAACGAGUCAAUUAAAUUUAAAUAUUGGAUUUAAUUUAACGUCAACUCAUAGAUCUUCGCCAGUGAGUAGUUGUUGUGGCAGUAGUAGCCAUGGUCGCUCCAGUCCGGAUACCGAUACGGGCGAACCACCAGCGUUGCCCCUAAGUCCAGGUUAGCGGGAUGUUUUGUGUGUGUAUUCUUUUACUUCUACUCUCCUACCAACUGCAGCAUAUAUUCACCAAACUAUUUCUUCAAUUCUAUUUUAUGACCAAGAAGAAUAUUCAUAUACAAUAUAUAACACAUGUACCAUACACACAGCCACAUGUGAUUUACCACGUAUUCGUACUAUACUUGGUUAUUUUUCUAUUAAGUUUUUUUUUAUAUUUUUCACAUUUUCAACACCCGAAAGGAAAUAUGCGAGUAUAUGGGAGAUUCCAUGAAAAUUGAUUUCUUUGAUUUCUAAGUUUUUUUUUCAGAUGUCUCUGAUCAUUCUUCCUUUAAGGCUGGUACUAUGUUCGUUUUUCA